AUGAGUUUUUGCUCUCUACGGAUCGCUUCCAGAUACGUCCUUCCGCUGACUACGAAGUCUCUUCCUCUGUUCUUCAGUCGCCAUCUAAACCAUACAACCAAACUGCAUUUUUAUCUUCUUGGGGGCUCCAUUAUCUCACUUUUCUCUUUAUUCUCUAUAGUAGCGUUGCCAGCUCUUGCCUCUUCAUCACCAUUAUCCACUUCGUCGUUAUCCUCCCCUUCCUUGUCAUUUCUCUCUAUUAUACUUUACUUCUACCUCUCAACUAUUUAUCCUCGGCCUCGUUUUCAUGAUUAUCCAACUCCUCCUCUCUCUACUAGGAUUUCCUCAUCCUCUUCCUCCUCAUCCUCACCCCCCAUUCAUUUCUCUCUACUUGAUAUUAUACCUUUCUUCUUCCUCUCAACUAUUUAUCCUCAACCUCUUCCUCAUGAUUAUCGAACUCCUCCUCAUUCUUCGUUAUUAGUAGAAUUUCUUCUUCCUCCUUCUUCUCUUCAUUUCUCUCUGCUUGAUAUCAUAGUUUUAUUCUUUCUCUGCUUUUUAUCUCAACUAUUUAUCCCCAACCUCCCCCUCACGGUACCUAACUCCUCCACCUCUUCGUUCAUACAACUGCUCCUUCUCCUUCUCCGCUUCAUUUCUUUCUCUUUGAUAUUAUAUUUUUCUUCUUCCUCUUUUUUUUAUCACAACAAUUUAUCCUCAAACUCCUCUUCAUCGUUCUCUAAUUCCUCCUUCUUCAUUAGUACCAUAAUCGUCUUCUUUUUUUCUUCUCGUCAUCUUUAUUUCUUUUUGAUUGACAUCUUAUCUUCUACCUAUUCCUCAGCGUUCUCCAACCCCUCCUCCCUUUGUGUCACAACCAUUUCUGCUUCUCCUUCCCCUCUUCUUAUUGAUAAUUUCUUUUUACUUUCUCUUCUCCUGUUACUUUCACCUCAACUAUUUAUCCUUCUCUCUUCCUCUUACUCCACAUACUCCGCAAACUCUUCUUCACACUUCUUGUUCUCUUCAUUUCCUUCCCUUUGA